GCCGAGGCAUUAAGGGAGGGCGCCUGGUAGACAGCCCUCAGUUCACACUCAACCUUCCCACCGGAACUUCCUCUGACUCGAGUCCAGUGAACUCUACCCGCAUCAACAUGCUGUUUGUGUACGGAACGCUAACAUUAUCCCUGACACUGUUAGUCCUUGGACAACCUCGUUCGUCCGGCACAGCUCCGUAUGCCAGCCAGAGCGGUGGACCAGCUACCGGUUCUAGCCAGGGAGCCGGCAGCGGAUCGCAAUCUGCAUCGAGCCAGGGAAUUGGCAGUGCUCAAGCUGUUGGUUCUGCUCCUGGUGGUUCUUCGGGUUCAAGUUCUGUCUUUGGUGACAGGUUUGGUAGUGGACCGCACCUUAGCGCAGGCAGCAGCGGUCCAGUUGUGGGAGCCGGGCAAGGCGUAGGCAGCAGUGACAGACUUGGCCAGGGUAGCAGCGGACCGCGCGUUACCACGGGCAGCAGUAGCGGUCCGGCAUCUUACGCUGGUCCAAGGUAUGGCAGCCCUCAGGUCAGCAGGGUGGACGCAGUCUUCCACCCCACUGUCACCCAGCUUAUCACCGUCGACCGGUUCGUCACCCUGACUGACCAAGCUUUCCAGAGCGUGGCUGUCACCCUAACUUCCCUCACCGUCCAGACUGUCACCACAGGAACGCGUGGAGUGCUGCAGACGCCCGUGGAUGACCGUGUCGCCCUCCAGACAACGGUACUCUAUAGACCUUCUACACUAACGGUCACGCACGUACAGUCAGACUUCAGGAUAGUGACGGAAAGGUCUUUAGACUACGUGACCAUCACCCACACUUCAUACAUCAUCGUGCAGACUACCUACACCACCACAGCCACCCAAGUGUUGUCGUACACAACAACGCUGGUGCGGACCAACAUUAACACGAAGAGCACAGCGUUCACCGACUACCGCACCAUCACCGACACGGUCCUCGUCCCUGGAGGCUAUUAUGGCAACCGCCAGUUUUAAUUUUUUUGGCAUACUUUUUCGUCAUGACUAGGUUUAAUGUGUUGGUGAACAUUACUUAAAUGUUACUGUUCACUAGCACUUCGUAACUAAAUUUCUAUGGGUAACUUUCAAUAAAAAUAUAUUCUA